AUGUUUCGAUCCGUCCUCACGGCAGGCGCGGGCGCCCUGACCACAGUCCCGGCCUUCUUCUUGUGGACAAGGAACUGCAGCAUUGCAGACCUCCCCACAACCGACGAACUGUUCCGCAACACCUCCUUCGCCAAGUACAAUCCGACUCCGUCGCCCGGGGCGGAAAUGCGAGAUGUCUGCGUCCGACGGUAUCCAUUGAGCCAGAUCCGACCGGAACUGGUUGAAGAUGCUCGCAGAGGUGGCACGGCAAUGAUCGAGGCCUUUAAUCAAGGUAUCUGGGGAGGAUUCGAGAUGGCACCUCCGCCAGCGCUACGGCACUUUGCCCGAAACCCAGUCGCAGCUCUGGUCGAAGCAGGCUCUGCAGCAGAGCACGUAGGAGUCGGCACGGCAUUCACCGACCACCUUGUCGUACUGGACAAGACGCCGCAGUCGGUCCUGCUGCGUGGGGGCAAAUCGCCGCUCACUCGGCCUGACAUGCCCCGCGACAUGGACGGCCUGCUCGAGAUCCAGGUUGUGCCGGACUUUGACAAGGGGCACGUGGACUUUAUAUUCAAGUCCGUCUUCUUCGCGGGCACGGGAAUCGACAGAGGAGAAGGUUCUUCGGAGGUCAAGAUCGUGCCGGAGCCCUUGGUCUGGGCCCACAAACAAUACACCAAGCUGCUGGUGGAAUCGGGGGUUCUUCACGUGAAGAAUCAGGCGUGGUUCGCUUAA